UCUUAUCCCUAUUAACUCUCUAGCAUAAUUUGCACACUUUUCCCAGAUCCAUUGAAGUGAAGAUGGGCGAUCUUGUCUUGGGUCCUGUUGUUGAAGCCACCAUAGACAAGGUGAUUUCAGCUGCUACUGAGCAAAUCGGACGUGCAGUCAGUUGGGAGGCAGAGCUCAGAAGACUUUGCAACAAGUUGACCAUGAUUCGUGCUGUGUUGCAAGAUGCAGACAGAAGGCAAGUUGGAGACUCAGCUGUGAAGCUUUGGCUUGAGAACCUCAGAGACGUGGCUCGUGAUGCUGAGGAUGUUUUGGACGAGGGUGUUUAUGAAGGACUGAAACAGGAGGUAUGGUCUCAAAAGCAAAUGAAGAAGAAGGUGCGUCUCUACAUUACUACCUCCAAUCCUUUCAUAUUUCGUCUCGAGAUGGCUAGUAAGAUCAAGAAUCUUAUUGCAUCUAUAGUUGAGAUUAAUAAGGAGGCUGCUGAUUUUGGACUUCAGUCUAGACUUGCUAGCCAUGAACCUUGUAGCAACCCUCAAACAACAUAUUCCUCUCUUAGUUAUUGUCCUAGAGUCAUAGGAAGAGAGAAUGAUGUGUCAAAAAUAGUUGACUUGUUGAUUGAUCCAAAUAAUGAGGAGUCCCUUUCUGUUAUAUCUGUAGUGGGUAUGGGGGGUCUAGGAAAAACCACCUUAGCAAAAUCAGUGCAAAAUCAUGAGAAAAUAGUGAGGAAUUUUGGUAAAACAAUUUUCAUUUGUGUGUCUGAAGUCUUUGAUGUCAAAAAAAUCCUAAAAGAGAUGUUAGAAUCUCUCACCAAAGAGGGUUGUUCAAUUGAAAAUGAGGCUACCAUAGUGGGAAAAAUACAAGAUGAGUUAAAAAAUGAAAACUGUCUGCUAAUCUUAGAUGAUGUGUGGAAUGAGGAUAGAAUGAAGUGGGAAGCCUUUAGGGGUUGUUUGUUAGAAAUAACUAAAAAUAAAGUAAGUAGAAUGGUUGUGACAACUCGAAGUGAAAAUGUAGCAUCUAUAAUGGGAGCACUUGGAGAACACAUGUAUCAUCUUGAAGGACUAAAAGAUGAAGAGUGUUGGUCUAUAAUAAAGCAGAGAGCAUUCGGAGGUUCUUCAGUGCUGGAUCUGGAGUUGGAAGCGAUUGGAAGGCAGAUCGCUAAAAAAUGUAAAGGUGUACCCUUAGUUGCCAAUGUCAUUGGGGCUAGUCUGAGUAAUCAAAGGGAUAGGGGUGAAUGGGUGUCAAUUAACAAUAGUUUGAGUUCACUGGAAGAUGAUAGGCGGACAUGGACUGUUCGAGUUUUACAGUUGAGUUUUGAUCGCCUACCUAACACAACAUUGAAGCAAUGUUUUGCCUUUUGUUCCAUUUUCCCCCAGGAUUGGAAAAUUGAAAAGGAGAUGUUAAUUCAACUUUGGAUGGCUGAAGGCUUUCUUCUACCAUCACAAGGAAGUUCUAUGGAGGAUAUUGGUAACAAGUAUUUCAAUGACUUGUUGUCAUAUUGUUUGUUUCUAGAGGAAGAAAGAGAUUCAACUGGAAAGAUUAAGUCAUGCAAAAUGCAUGAUUUAAUUCAUGAUCUUGCCACUUACAAUUCAAAAUCAGAAACACUUAUUUUGAAAGCUGGUUCAGAGAGCAAUAUUGCUCAUGUUCGGCAUUUGAAUCUCGUUGAUGCUGAGAAGAUGGUGCCAGCAAAUUUUGUGGAGGUGGCUGGAAAACUACAUUCCUUAUUUCUUAAAGGUGAUAUUUUGGGCAAGAUGCCAGAUAGCUUCAAAAGGUUACGCAUUCUUAGCUUUGAAAACCGUUGGAGAGCUAAUACUGAGCAGUUGCCAACUUGGAUCGGCAAGAUGAAGCAUUUGAGGUAUCUAGACAUUUCAUGCGCCAACAUUAAAGAACUACCCCAGUUUAUCAUGGAGUUGUAUAGUUUGCAGACGCUGAGGUUCAUGCAUUGUUCUCAGAUUGUAAAACAGCCAGAAGGGGUGGAAAACUUAGUCAGCUUGAGACACAUUUAUUUCAAUAAUUACAGCUGUAUGCCACUCAGAAUUGGUAGGCUAAAGGAUCUUCAAACGUUGCAGUUAUUUGUUGUCGGUCCACAAGAGGGAAGUCGAAUUGAGGAAUUGGGAUGCUUGAACCAACUUGAAGGUAAAUUAAAUAUAUGUGAUCUAGAGCAUGUUGAAAACUACUCAGAAGCCGAGAAAGCAAAUCUUUCGGGAAAGAUUGGACUUUAUAAGUUGAGGUUGGAUUGGACAGAAAGAAAUACAGAAGAAUGUAAUCAUGAUGAAGAUGUGUUAGCAGGCCUCAAACCUCCCCCAAAUUUGAGAAUAUUAACUAUAGACUGUUAUGGAGGUGAAAAAUGUCCAUCAUGGAUGGAGCCUAGUUUGAGUGAAUCAUUUUCGCUCAAAAAUUUGGUGAACUUGAAAAUCUUAAGAUGUAAAAAGUUGAAAAGCAUGCCAAUCAUGAUCGGGUUAUCAUCUCUUCAACGGCUUCGAAUUAGUGAUUGCCUUGAAUUAACCAGAAUCGGAGAAUACUCCUUUCCGAAGUCCCUCAAACGACUAGACAUUCGGUCAUGUCCAAGAUUGGAAACAAUCGGGGAUAGUAUUUCGACCCUCACAUGCCUAGAAGAGUUAGAACUGACUAAAUGUGGAGAUCUGAGGCUCAUUCCAACCAUGAGCGGUUUUUCAAUUUCUGUCCAGAAUUUGAAAUAUUUGCCUUCUCCUAGGGCCAUCCAAUGCCAAGAGGUACUGAUUGAUUCAAAGUUCCUCACAUUCCAAUAUCCAAGUAGACCAAGUGCAUCCAAUUCUAAGAAGAUUGAACAUCUCAGACUUCAAAGCAACACCUGAAAUCAAAUUUGUCAAUUUAUAUGGUAGUCCCUGGAUGUUCCACUUUUUUGCAGGGCAAUACAUGAGUAAUACUUCUAGGUAAUCUUUUUUUCUGUUUUCUGAGAAUGUUGAAUUCAUGUUUCAUAAAAGAUGUCAACAAUUGACCAUACAACAACUUUUAUUCCGGUCCCUUUUUCUAGACCAGCUUAUGUGAGAAUGAUCCAAUUAUCCAAACAUGGAUCUAUUGAUUUCACAUACUUAGAGAUGAGUACAGGUUAGAACUAUUUUAAAUUACCAGCACAUGAAAUCUAUUGCAUUCUUCAUUUGAUGGUGUUUUUAGUUAUCAUACUCUCUCUCAUCCUAUCUCCAUUUUAUCAAUUUUGCAGAACUUAGCCUUAAACACUCAGUGUCACUCUGUAAAUUGAAGCAGAAGAAGGAAUUAUGUCAUACAUGACUUUUAAGGCAUGGAACCUUAAGUGGUAAGAGAUUAUAUUCUUUUCAUGAGGAAGUCACUUGACAAAGCAAAAAUGUAUCAAGUAUGCCUUCUAGAUCAUUUAAAAGUCUUAUUUAAGCAUUAGUGCUUUACAUUUGAGCAUAUAUAGUCUUUCCAACUGAGUACUAUCAUACAUGUUAUUUGUUUGAGAAUUAAUUUUGUGUAUUGUAGUUGUUCACUGUUCAGUAUCUCAUUCAUUAAGCCACAAGGCCUUUUAGAAGUAAGUUAAGGAGAAAAGCAGAUGCAAAGUAGCUUAUGGACUUUGAUGAAGGUCUGUUAGUGUAGAAGUAAUUCUCAAAUUAAAAUUCAUCUAAAAUGAAUAUGCUUUUGUUAUUUGCUCCACUUAUGACUUUUACAGUUUAUCAUAAAGUUCAUUGUUGUUUGUUUGUUAUCUUCUUCGCUGAUUAUUUGAUAUUAAUUUCUGUUUCUUCAGCUCUAGCUGCAGUUGUGCAAACUUCAGUUGUCAGUAGACGGUCCCUCCCUUGAGUAUCACAGCCUCAUUUCCAAUUAGCGUAAACCACAUUCUUUCAGAGAGAUAGUUAAAGGAUGAGCAAUUUUGUGCUAGAGGCUCAAGAUUUUGUUCUGGAUGGCAACAUCUUCAAUAGGAGGAUUAUCAACUCUGAUACAUCAAGGAGCUAACUAGACUUUGUUUUUCUGCACUUUGAUUAUCCUAUAGAGACUUACUACACGACAAUGGCUGCUACAUUUCAAUCAUCUACCAUUUUGAUCCCAAUGGCAGUAGAAUUAUAUUGGUUGGGUUUUGAUAUAAGAUUUGGUGAACAAAGCUUCUACUGAAGAUAUGGUGAAAAAAAAAUUCUAGAUGUUUGUUUGUACUUUGAUAUUCACACACUGAAGUAUUCUCCUAAUUCUGUCUGUACACUAAAUCUGUUUCUUUAAACUUCUUUGAUUAUCCGUUUUCGUAUCUAAUGGUCAUGCCAUACCUCAUGUCUAAAACACUAUCUGUAAUGGUGGCACUCUUUUGGGUGUUGAAGUUUAUAUAUCCAACGAAAGAUGUUGCUUGCACUAGUCUUAAAUGUUCAACUUCGACAUGUGUUUAGGGAAGCUAACAUGUCUACUGAUUUCCGGGAGAAUAUGGGACAGCGUUUCCCAAAUUUUUGUGGAAUUCUAUUUUAUUUAUGAAUGUUUUUCUCUCUUUUCACCAAAAAAAAAGGAUGUUGCUUGCAAUGCUUUUUGAUGUAGGAAGGAUUUCAAGACUCAUAGUACUUCUUGCUAGGAGACUAAAAAACAUUAGAGAACUCAGAAAUGUGAUUAGAGAAGGCGCAGGCUUUUCCUAUGGGGUUAUAUUUGUUGUCCUCUAAAUUAUAUAUUGUUAUAACCAUGUAAAUUAAUUUACCAAAAAGUAAUGACUCUGUUUGCCAUGAUAUUACAUAGUUUUUGUAUGGAAGGGGAAACAAACACAUAGAAAAAUCAGAAGUAAUUUUAUAAAGACCUAUUUGGUCU